AUGCACGCGGGGCCGUCCUACCAGGAAGAGCUCAGCCUGAAAACACGCUGGCUGCGGCACUCGGAGGAAAGAGACCGCAGCAGCUCGCCCGAAUCCCGCGUGCGGGUCAGGCUCGGGCACGGCCCCGCCCUCCGCCCCGCCCCAGGCACGGCCCCGCCCUCCGCCCCGCCCCAGGCACGGCCCCGCCCUCCGCCCCGCCCCAGGCACGGCCCCGCCCUCCGCCCCGCCCCAGGCACGGCCCCCGCCCUGCCCAGCCCCGCCCUACUCGGGCAUGGCCCCGCCCCCGCUCCCCGCCCCCCGCCCCCGCCCGGCUCAGGCAAGGCCCCGCUCAGUGCGCCCUCCACUACGCGACCUCAUCCCAGUGAGCCGCGCUCCGCCUCGCUCCGCCCCUAUUAG